AUGAAAAUCGAUUCCAUUCAUUGGGAAAUUCCCUCGGGAGAUCUAAUGAUCCAGCAUUCACCAUUUGAGCUUUGGCGCCGCCAUUGGAAGAAUACCUCAAAUCACAACCUGCCUCAAAUCGUCGCGACAGAUUCCUUUGAAAGCUCUGCUGGUGGUUGCGUGGCUUUUAAAUCAGGGGUGGAUCAUAGGAAACCGCUGGAGUUAGAGGAGGCAAGUAAGGCUGGGCUUGCGCCUGUCGAAGUCGAUGAGGAUGAAAAGGGAAUUAACCCUCACGUUCCACAGUAUAUAUCUUCAGCACCUUGCGCGGACACGGGUCUCCGCGUGUGUGAAGAGAUUGUUCACGCACGUGGAGGGGUCUCCGCGCAUGAGAAGGGUUCUUCGUGUUGCGCGGAGACAUGGAUCUUCGCGCAUGAGACCCUCCGCCCUGCGUCGUGGUCUUGA